GCCCAAUCUGGCAACACUGCCCAGCGGUGUGGUUGAGUUAUAGUGUGUAAACGGAGCAUGGCAUCGGCCUGAUGUAAAACAGUGUCCCAGGAGAUCCAUCCGUCAUUCAACCUGGUGAGUUUACUGACCCACCCUUGGACGGACUGCGGAUCAAUGUCCAGAGGACUGCCCUUCACCAUGCCUCCCGUCCCAGUGGUGCCUGAGGGCCAGAGUCAUGUUCUGGCGGAGUUCGACUGCCUCGAUCCGCUGCUUUCUGCCCUUCGCUUGGAUUCUGGCAGAUUGAAGUGUACCUGCUUGGCAGUGUCCAAAAAGUGGCUGGGCUUAGGGACCUCUGCAGGAGGUCUGCACCUCAUCCAGAGGGAAGGUUGGAAGCAGAGACUUAUUCUAACCCACAAGGAAGGGUCUAUUAUUCAGGUAGCAUGUUGCCCCAGCGAUGAAGACUUUAUUGCCGUGGCAACAAGCCAGGGCCUGGUGGCCGUGUGGGAGCUGCAGCUGGAGCGCCGCGGCCGCCCCGAGAGGGUCAGCGUGUCCUGGGAGCACCGCGGCCAGCAGGUGACGGCGCUCUGCUGGGACAGCGGCUCCCCCCGCGUGUUCGCAGGAGACCAGGGGGGCAAGGUGUCCUUCCUGCGCGCCGGCUCCACCAAGCUGAGCAAGGCAGCGACCUUCGUGGUCUUCCCCGUUCAGACGGUCACGACGGUGGACUCCCGGGUGGUCCAGCUGGGCCACCAGGAGGGCCGUCUGCUGGUGUCCUCGCUGAGCCGCUGCUACCUCUGUGACACGGAGAGGGAGAAGUUUUGGCGCAUCGGAAACAAGGAGCGUGACGGGGAGUACGGCGCCUGCUUCUUCCCCCAGAGCCGCGGCCUGGCGGGGGGGCCGCCCCCGCUGCUGUACUGCGCCCGGCCCGGAUCCCGCAUCUGGGAGUCCAGCUUCAGCGGUGAAGUCCUGAGCACCCACCAGUUCAAACAGCUGCUGGCCUGCCCCCCGCUGCCCCUCAUCAGCUACAGAAGUGAACCCCAAUACGUCCCAGCGCAGAGGAGCUCGCAGUCUAUCGCCUUCUCAAAACUACUUUAUUUAGGAGAUCAACACUUGCUGACCUGGACCGACUCGGCCAUCUACAUCUUCCGACCCCAGAGUGGCCAGGUGCUUCUGUGGAGUGAGAUCAAAGGUGUGGUGGACAUUGCGGUGCACCGCAGCGAGCUCUUCUGUCUCCACGGCAACGGGCAGAUGUCCCACCUGUCCCUGGUGUCGGCGGAGCGCUGCGUGGAGCGGCUGCUCCGCAGGGACGCGUGGGUCCUGGCCGCCAGCGUCUGCUGCAUGUUCCCCCACGCCCUGGUGCCCAGCAGGACCAGGAAGUUGGUCCCCAUCGACCGCGUAGAGCACCUGAAGACCCAGCUUAGCCCCGCCUCCCACCCGGAGCUCAUUCGUCAGCUGGACGAGGUCAUUUCCAGGCUGGAGCCUCUGGACUCCGCCUCCAGCAGCCGCCGGAGCAGCAUUUCCUCCCACGUGAGUUUGGAGAGCUUCAACGUGUUGGACUGUGGCAUCUACCGGGUGAUCAGCCGCCGAGGCAGCCAAUCCGAGGAGGAGACGGGCUCCUUCAUCAACCAAUCGGCGUCAGAGGAGGACAGGCUGAAGGAGUUUGCGUUCGGCCCGGAGGAGGACCAGGGGGAGCAGGAAGCCCAGGGACCAGAGGCCGAGCGCCCCGAGGCCGGCCUGCCCUUCCACCUCAACCUCCCCUUCCGGCCCAAUCGCAUCGCCCUGCAGGCCGUCAAAGACAGUGUCUCUAGUUUUGUUAAGAAGACAACGGAGAAGAUUAACACUCUCCAGAUGAACACAGACCUUUGGCAGCGCUCUGAGGCCCAGCUUGAAGUGUUAGUGGCUACAUCGCCGUCUUCAGAAGACAUGGACCAUGAAGUUUGUACCGAGACGGAGAAUGAACUGCAGGAACUCCGAGCAGCAACGGAGCGGGCCACCCUUCAGAUCCAGGACCCCUUCGUGCUGAUGGACCCCGCCGCCCUGGGGGCCGUCCUGCGGGAGUGGCUGCAGGUGCUGGAGCGAGUGCUGGGCGUGGAACAGCCGGGCUCCACCAGUGAGGACGGGCCGCUGAAGGAGGUCCGGACCAGGGAGGAGCGGUCGAAGCCCCAGAGCCUGGAGCAGCAGCAGCAGCAGCAGGGGGAGCCGCCUCUGUGCUCCUCCUCAUGGGAGCCCAUCGGGCCCGAGACAGGCGAGCAGCCACCACCCCCCGAGGAGGAGAAUCAGGGUCGGGGCCUAGAGCCCGAGUCCGGCGUGGAUCCAGAGUCCACUGAGGAUGAGGAGGAGGAGAAUGCCGGAGAGCGUCAGGAACGCUGCCAGAGCAGCCCGGUGCCCGCCGGAGGGCAGACCGCCGGAGGGGAGACCGCCGGAGGGCAGACCGCCGGAGGGGAGACCGCCGGAGGGCAGACCGCCGGAGGGCAGACCGCCGGAGGGGGGCCCGCCGGAGGGCAGACCGCCGGAGGGGGGCCCGCCGGAGGGGGGCCCGCCGGAGGGGGGCCCGCCGGAGGGGGGCCCGCCGGAGGGCAGACCGCCGGAGGGCAGACCGCCGGAGGGGAGACGGCCGGAGGGGAGACGGCCGGAGGGGAGACGGCCGGAGGGGGCGAGCCCGUCCGACCCGAGCCCGUCCGAGUGCAGCCCCCGACGCCCCUCCCCUCGGACCUGCUGGGAGACCUCACUCCGCUGGCCACCCUCUACCUGGAGAUGAGCUGCUUCAGGGGGCAGGGGGAGGAGCCAGGGGUCCUGAGUGCCGCCGGCUUCCUGCGGCGCUACUUCUUUCUGCUGGACGCGGAGCGCGUGCGGCGCGCGUGUCUGCUCUGCCACGCGGAGCGGCCCGAGAUGCAGAGCUCCUUCAUCGAGGCCGUGCAGGAGCUGACCCGCUCCAGUAAGGUGGUGGAGGUCAUCCAGAAGGGGGACCUGCUGAAGUCACUGCGAGGCCUGAGGGAGCUGCAGCCCUGGUCCGCCCCUGAGCUCCUGGCUCACACACACAGGUUGUAUGAGAGGCAUGGCGAGGCGGCUGUGCGCUCCUUCUCCCAGUUCCACCCCGCGGUGACGCCCGCUGACGUCGCGCUCAUGGCCCAGCCGCCUCACUUCCUGGCCUACCUGGACAACCUGGUGCAGUCGCACGCCGAGGAACAAAGAUUAUCCUUUUUGGGCUCCCUCCUCCAAUCAGAAUCUCUGAGACAGGAUUGGUUGGAGCUUGGUCUUUCCCAUGAUGCCCCUCAACCCUCCGACACCCUCACCGCGGACGGCCAGCCCAGGUGGCAUUCCCAUUUCUUCAGCUGGGGCUACGGGCGACUCCUCUCUCUGCUCAUACAGCUUCCUGCCGACCUGUCCUCCAAGGAGACGAUGGCGGAGACCUGUCGGUGCCGGGGAUACUGGACUGGCUUCCUGUACUUGUGCUGUGAGCUGCAGCGACGCACGGAGGCCUUCUCCACCAUCUGCAGGCUGGAUGAUAUGAGCCUGCUGGAGGAUCCACAAGUGGUACCGCAGACCGUCCAGGAGUGGAAGGUACUCAUCCAGCUGUCUCAGCAGUGCAGCACUGAGCCAGAGCCCGCCCCCCCCACCCCCAACGGGACGGCCACGCUCGUCAACGGGUCGGCGGAGGGGCGCCGGCGCCAGGUGACCCCGGAGAACCUGACCCUGAGGCUGGCCCAGAGCGUGGGGCCGGAUCGGGCGCUGGAGGUCCUGGAGGGCUGCGGCCUGCCGCUGGCCCUGAGCCCCCACUCGGCACUGGUGUGCGAGCUGCUGAGGGUGGCGGAGAAGAGACAGAGAGCCACAAUCCAGACCAUGCUGGAGCGCUGUGACCGCUUCCUGUGGUCCCAGCAUGCCUAACUCCGCCCCCCCCCCAGCCCCCCCCCGUUGGAGCCCGAGCCGCCAGCUAAGCCAGAGCAUCAUGUAUCCGGGGAGCUGUGGUCCCACCUGCUGUUAUAAACUGUGACCUAACCUCAUAAUAUGAGCAUGCACAAGAGUUUAUCAAACUGUAUCAUAUUAAUAUAAUACACACGCCGACAGUAUUAUUGGUCAUCUUGCAUAAUUUUUUUUGUAGAUGUAAGAGUGUUUAACAUGCUGAGCUCCUUCAGGCUAAUGCUUGUAACUUCUUUCAUAUGAAGGCAGGAAGAAUGUUUGCUUUUAUUUAUAUAUUUCUCAAAUGACCAAUUUAAUAAAGAUUAUAAUUUAAUGUA